AUGGCCUCGUCGAGCGACUACGACGUCGUCAUUGUCGGCGCCGGCCCCGCCGGCCUCAUGCUCGCUCUCUGGCUCGCACGCCUCAAGAUCCGCACCAAGAUCGUCGACAAGCGCAGCGUCAAGGUCCUCGCCGGCCAAGCAGACGGCGUGCAGUGCCGCACGCUCGAGGUCGCCCACUCGUUCGGGUUCGUGCAACGGCUCAUCGAGGAGGGCGCGCACAUCAACGAGAUUUGCAACUGGACGCCGGCGGCCGACGGUGGGCUCGAGAGGACGAAGCGCAUGCCCGACAACGAGCCGGGCACGAGCCGUUUCCCGCACGUUGUCUUGACCCAGGGUCGGAUCGAGCGCUUCCUCCUCGACGCCAUGCGCGACUUCAACGGCCUCGGCGUCGACCGAGCCGUCGCCCCGACCAACAUGACCGUCGACCCUGCCCUCUUGACCGAUUUUUCGCCCUCAUCGUACCCCGUCACGCUCAAGCUCCGCCACCUGAGCGAGGACGAGGCGACCCCGACCCAGGUCGGCAUCGCCAACGGGCUUCACCGCAGCAACGUCCUGAGCGACGACGAGGCCGACGCGAUGCACGGCACGAGGGAGGGUGGAGCGUACGCGCUCGCCGGCGAGGAGGAGACGGUGCGCGCCAAGUUCGUCGUCGGGGCGGACGGCGCGAGGAGCUGGGUCCGCAAGCAGCUCGGCCUGUCGCUCGAGGGCGAGUCGGCCAACUCGCUGUGGGGCGUUCUCGACGCCGUCGUCGUCACCGACUUUCCCGACAUCCGCCUCAAGUCGUCUGUCCAGAGCCAUGGCGCCGGCUCGAUCCUCGUCGUCCCCCGCGAGAACGAUCUCGUGCGCUUCUACGUCCAGAUGGGCUCGACCGACCCGAACGGCGAGCGCUUUGACCGCUCGUCGAUCUCGCCCGAGUCGAUCGUCGAGACGGCGCAGCGCAUCUUCCAGCCGUUCAAGCUCGACAUCAAGCACAUCGACUGGUGGACCCUGUACGAGGUCGGGCAGCGCAUGAGCCCGCAGGUCACGCUCGACAACCGCGUCUUCCUCGCCGGCGACGCCUUUCACACGCACUCGCCCAAGGCCGGGCAGGGUAUGAACACGAGCAUGAUGGACAGCUUCUCGCUCGGCUGGAAGAUCGCGCACGUCGUCCAGGGCAAGGCGUCGCCGGCCAUUCUCGAAACUUACGGCCUCGAGCGGCUCAAGGUUGCCAGAGAGCUCCUCGACUUUGACUACAAGCUCUCGCGCAUGUUUGCGGGCAAGCCCAUCACGAGCGACGGGAAGCCCGUGUCGCACGAGGAGUUCAAGAAGUUCUACGAGUCGAUCGGCAAAUGGGCGUCGGGUACUGCCGUGGCCUACCUGCCCAACAUGCUCGUCGCGCCCGAGCGAGAGCCACGCCUGGCGCCAGGUCUGCCUCAUGGUCAGCGCUUCGAGUCGCACGCAGUCGUCGCCCUUGCCGAUGCUCGCCCCUGGCACCUCGCCGACCGCUUCCUGUCGGACGGCAGGUGGCGCUUGGUCCUCUUCGCGGGCGACGUUCGCGAGCCGCAGCAGCGCGACAAACUCGAGCAGGCCGCAGCUUACCUCGACUCGUCGGCGGGCCCGCUCCGCACCUUCACGCCGGCCGACGACGACCUCGACUCGGUCAUCGAGGUCCUCACCGUCAUCUCGGACCCGCGCACCUCAGUCGAACCCAACGCGUUCCCGGACGUCCUGUGGCCACCCAAAAAGCCGUACGGCUCACGUUCGUACGACAAGCUCUACGCCGACGACUCGUCCCCUGUCACGCCGAACGACCGCGGCGAGAUCUACAAGCACCUCGGCAUCGACGCAAAGACGGGCUGCGUCGUCCUCGUCCGGCCCGACCAGGUCGUCGCGCUCGUGUGCUCGCUCGACGACAUUGGCGACAUCGGCUCGUUCCUCUCGCAGUUCAUGGUCCCGCAGCAGCAGUAGUAGUCCCUCCCUCUCUCGAGACGUUCGCAAUGUACUAGAGCUGUUGCAGAG